ACCCCAAAAACCAAAACCCUACUGCGCUCGCUUCUAUGCUUUAGCAGUUAGAGAGAGAGAGAGCUUCGAGUUACAGAGAGAGAGAGAGCCAUGGCGUCCGAGGGCGCUGCGAGAUCGAGCUCGGCGGCGGAUUCGUACAUAGGGAGCAUGAUUAGUUUGACUUCCAAGAGUGAGAUCAGAUACGAAGGAGUUCUCUACAACAUCAACACCCAAGAGUCAAGUAUUGGACUCCGCAACGUGCGUUCUUUUGGAACCGAAGGAAGGAAAAAGGAUGGACCGCAGAUCCCACCGAGGGAUGAAAUUUAUGAGUAUAUACUCUUCCGUGGGAGUGACAUCAAGGAUUUACAGGUUAAAUCUUCUCCACCAGCUCAGCCUACACCACUGAUAAACAAUGAUCCAGCUAUUAUUCAGUCUCACUAUUCCCGCCCAGCUCCGUCAACAACUAGCGUGCCUUCUCCUGCUACUGGGCCUUUGCCAGAUAUUAAUUCCCAUACCGCACAGAUGGGACUACCUGGUUCAAAUUUCCAAAGUAGUUUACCUUUAUAUCAACCUGGAGGGAAUACAGGGUCAUGGGGGAUUCCACCUCCUCCUCCAAUGGCAAAUGGCGGCGGGCUUGCUAUGCCAAUGUACUGGCAAGGAUAUUAUGGCCCUCCAAAUGGCCUUCCUCAGUUACACCAGCAAUCUUUGCUUCGUCCGCCACCCGGACUGUCAAUGCCUUCUCCCAUGCAGCAGCCUUUGCAAUACCCCAACUUUAGUUCCUCCUUGCCCACUGGACCUUCCAACUUUCCUGAAGGUCCGUCGCCUUUACUAUCAGCUGCUAGUGGUAGUUCUCCUAGUUUGACAUCUGCGUCUUUAGCACCACCAAUUGGCCCAAUUUUGCCGACAACUCUGCCUCCAGUACCUUCCACCACACUAGCUUCUGAAACAUUACCUAACAAGGCACCAAGUGGUUCCCCUUCUGUAGGCACUCUUAGUGCAAGCUUGCCGCCACUUUCUUCUCUGACCAGUUCAAGCCCAGAUAUUAGUACUGCUGUAUCAUCUAUCUCUAACAAGCCUUCUGCAGUUUCUGGUUCAACCGUGCCCUAUCAAAGUGUAUCUCAAACUACUUCCUCAGUUGGGGCAUCCAAUUCUGUACGCCCGGAAACACUGGUUCCUUCUUUGGUAACCCCAGGUCAGCUCUUGCAGUCUGGUUCUGCUACUGGCCCCUCAGCUCAAUCGUUGCAAGCAGCUAAUAAGGAUGUGGAGGUUGUUCAAGAUUCAUCAACAACCUCACCAGAGCCAUCUGUCCCAGUAUCAGCAGAACCUCAGCCGCCAAUAUUGCCAUUACCACCACCUGCACGGGCAGUUCAAAAGCCAAAUGGAUCUACAUUCCAAGGCCGCCAGGGAUAUGCUUAUAGGGGGCGCGAGCGAGGCAGGGGAACUGGGAGUUCACGUCCUGUAACAAAAUUCACUGAAGAAUUUGACUUCAUGGCAAUGAAUGAGAAGUUCAAUAAGGAUGAAGUUUGGGGUCAUCUUGGUAAGAGUAGCAAACCUUCUAAGGAUAAAGAGGAUGGAAAUGACAGUGAAGAAGAAUAUAUCGAAGAUGAAGAUGAUGUAGAGUUGCCAAAGCUUGAUGUCAAGCCUGUCUACAAUAAGGAUGAUUUCUUUGACACCAUCUCCUCCAAUUCUUUCAAUAACGAACAGAAUGGAAGGACUCGGUACUCUGAGCAAGUGAAGAUAGAUACAGAGACUUUUGGAACUUUUUCAAGAUAUCGGGGUGGUCGAGGUGGCCGUGGUCCUGGACGUGGUGGCCGUGGCCGUGGGGGUUACUAUGGAAGGGACUAUGGUAGGGAUUAUGGAAGGGGGGGAUAUGGCUAUAAUGGAAGGGGCCGUGGCCGAGGGAUGUCUAGUCAAGGUCCACAGUAGGCGCUUGGUAUUAUGAAAGUAGUUGCCCGUCAGCCCAUCAGAACAAAAUACUGAUUUAGCAGGGCUAUGCUAAUGUGGUUUUUCUUCUUUUAUCUGUGCUUGUCCAGAAAAUAAACAUCAGUAAUUGUUUUCAUUUUCUUGUAUCAAAUUGCACCUGUUUCCUGAUUCAAGAGUCCUUUUAGUGACCUAAUCAAGAAGUAUCCAAUUUCGGUGAAAUCAUUGUGUUUAGAUGUUGAAGUUAAAACCAGCUGAUAUGACCUUAGAAUGUCUAGGAAGAUGAAGUUGAUUUCAAGCUGCU